AUGGAAUCUUGUUAUCGCAUCGAUAAUCUCAAGGGUGUCCAUCUCACCCGUCAUAAACAUAUCUUGACAAGUGUUGUAUCUCUAACAGCUCUUGCUGCACAUUACACUACUGUUCUCAUGGCUCAAGAGAAAGAGAAGGCAUUUUGGACCGAAUCAGAAGUAACUGCGCUGGUCGACUACCUUCAUGAACAUCGGUCAGAGUGUGCCAAAGGAGGCAACUUCAAGAUGGUAACAUUCAAUGGAGCAGCGAGGGAUAUCGCACCCAAGAAGACACAGGGCCCACAAAAGACUGGCAAAAUGUGCCAGACAAAGUGGACAUCAGUGAGUUGCUGA